AUGGACCUGUUCCAAUACGAACCCCUAAACCUCACGGGGAAAUCAAUCCGCCUACUUAUGCUUCAUCCUGGAUCCACCGGCGAGAUAUCCUGCGAUAUCUUUGAAGCAAGCCUGGACUCCGACGGCAUUAUCCCCUACGAAGCCUUAUCAUAUGCCUGGGGCAGCAUUGAUCUCUCGGCCUCCAUCAUCGCCAACGGCAAGACCCUCCGCAUCACGAAUAACCUGUUCACUGCUUUGACUUACCUCCGAGACGACCAUGUAAGCAAAGUCAUGUGGAUCGACGCUGUCUGUAUCGACCAAAGCAACGUCGCUGAGCGAGGUCACCAGGUCGGACAGAUGGCUGGCAUCUACAGAGGCGCUGAACAGGUCAUCAUAUGGCUUGGCCCGCCCACACAUGAGACGAACCUCUUAUUUGGAUGCCUCGAAGAGCUACACAAAAGCUGGGCCCGUCAGAAAAGCCGGGAUGACCUUGUUCAGGCACAAGAGCAAUGGUCAAAGAUACGACAGAACUCGGAACUUGACCAGGCUGUCCUCUUGGAUCUGCAACGAAAGGGGCUUGUUUCACUCCUCGAGGAGACCUGGUUCACGAGGAUAUGGGUUCUGCAGGAAGUAUCACACGCCAGGGCAGCAUCGAUAUAUUGUGGAAAAUGGUCCGUUCCGGCCUAUAUGCUCAAUAUCGCUGCCAAGCUCGUCGGCGUCGUCCCAGACACCGGCUGCCAAGCUGUUCUGGACUUGCUUCCGGAUUCAUUCACUCAGAGAUCCCCAAGGAAGAACGUUCUACUGGCCUUAUUACAAAAGUUUCAAAACAGCAAGGCGAGCGACCCUCGGGAUAUGGUAUACGCCCUACUAGCAAUAGCCUCCGACGUAUCGCAAAGCGACUCAGGAUCACUGCUAUUGCCAGACUACUUCAAAACUGAAGAACAGCUGGUGCAAGACCUCAAGACAUACCUGUUCCUAGAUUUGCGUUAUUACAGACAUAUUCCCGAGCGAACCAUGCUAUCUUUUCUUGAGGGAUUGCCUAAACGAACAGCAGCAAUUCACCGAAGCCUUGUGGUGACGGGAAUAACAAGCCACAUUCUCACGUUUCUUGAGAGGGGCCACAGGCUCUCUGUCAAUAAAGCUGUAGUUGGUGAAAUAUGGAAAGAAGAAGGACCGAGAAUUGCAAAGAUUCUCUUCAAUCUAUCUCAAGUAAAGCACCAAAAUUUCAACUUCAGCGUCAAAGGCGUAGAGUCUUUAUUCCAGUUUUGCGACAUUGCAACUGCACGAAGUCUUUUGAGCCGUUUUAGGGAACAUUUACAGGUCAAUCGUCAUCUUGCCGAAGCCUUGCUACAGCGAAAAGACGGAAGGGGCCAAAUUCUCAUGUUGCUGAUCAAAUGGAAUAAGCCUUCUAUUCCAUUCACGCAAGAUGGAUUGUCCACUAUAGUGAGGGUUAUCGAUCCGACGUCGUUGGAAAUGCUUCUCAAGAAACAAACACAAGUGUAUGAAGUGACGGACAAAGUUCUUGAAUCAGCUUCCCGCAAUCGAAAAAAGGGCAAGAUCAUCCCGAUACUCCUCGGUCUGGUCGACGAUCGAAUGGAAUUCGCAAUGAGUGGGCUGCUAUGGUUGCUGCGGUUUUUUGAUGAGAAGGCAUUAAUCUUGCUGCUUGUGUGGUUUUUCAAAAAAGUCAGCAUUGUCGCUUUGGGGCACCCUCCUGAUGAUAGUGUCCGCUGGUCCACGGAAUUGUUACCCGGCUUAGGCUCAGUCGCGGACAGGAAGAAGAUCGAAUACAUUAAAGAGAACAUGGAUCCUCGCGAGAGGUUUCGUAUUGCGGUGAUCAGAGUGGAGGCGGAAUUCAUCAACGGUUUGUAUGUGAAUACAACCCUUCAGUGGAAUAGUCUGUAUCCAGGUAUGCCAGGCGGUAUAGAAUAA